AUGAAUUCACCGGAUCUUUGGAACGCCCCAGAAAUACAGCUUUGCUUUGCUCUGGCCAACAAUUCGUGUGCUAGAAAUGUGAGGUCUGGACUGAGUGUUGGUGCCAUGUACAUUGUCAUGAUUGGUGCCAUAGUGAUGACCAUGCUGGGCAACCUGGCUGUGAUUCUUUCCAUUGCCUACUUCAAGCAGCUUCACUCCCCCACCAACUUCCUGAUCCUCUCCAUGGCCAUCACUGACUUCUUGCUGAGCUGUGUGGUCAUGCCCUUUAGCAUGAUCAGGUCCAUUGAGUCCUGCUGGUACUUUGGUGAUCUCUUUUGCAAAGUCCACAGCUGCUGUGACAUCAUGCUCUGUACCACCUCCAUUUUUCACCUCUGCUUCAUCUCGGUGGACCGCUACUAUGCUGUUUGUGACCCUUUAUGUUAUGUCACCAAAAUUACCAUCCCUGUCAUAGGGGUCUUUCUACUCAUCAGUUGGUCUGUUCCCAUCCUCUUUGCCUUUGGCCUGGUAUUCUCAGAAUUAAACAUAAUUGGUGCAGAAGACUUUGUUGCAGCCACUGACUGCACAGGCUUGUGUGUGUUGAUAUUUAAUAAGCUCUGGGGGGUGCUGGCCUCCUUUAUAGCCUUCUUUCUCCCUGGGACAGUAAUGGUGGGGAUUUACGCACACAUUUUCACUGUAGCCAGGAAGCAUGCUAAACAAAUUGGCACAGGUUCUAUGAUGAACCAGAUUGUGUCAACAAGCAAAAGGAAGGCAUCAACCAUAAAAGGAAGCAAGGCCACCAAGACUUUAAGUAUAGUCAUGGGGGUAUUUGUGUUGUGCUGGCUCCCCUUUUUUAUCUUGACGGUCAUAGACCCUUUUAUCAGUUUUACAACUCCUGAAGAUUUGUACAAUGUCUUCCUCUGGUAG